CUGCGACCUUGAGCCUUUGGCCAAUGGCAAUUCAUCUCUUGCCGCACUGCUGUGCUGUCUUUCAGCUGGGGUGCAGUUAUGUAGCGCCUUCCAUGCGAUGAGGCUCCUCUCUUCUGGAGAUCGAGUCCACGGUUCAUCAGCCCUUUUGACUAUAUUCAGUGUUAUCUAAGACUUGGUGUUGCCGAAUCUGUGCUACGCCUUCCCUAUGGCCUGCCCUCCAAGGGAUGCUUUCCAGAUUGGCUGGAUCUGCGCUCUCCUGGUCGAGGCGGCUGCUGCCGCUGAAAUGUUGGACGAAAAUUUUGGGAUCCUCGAAGAGCAAGAUGUUGCGGACUCAAAUAUCUACACAUUGGGCCGAAUUGGCAAACACAAUAUUUGCAUUGCCUGCCUCCCUGGAGGCCAGUACGGAACUACCUCGGCUACUACGGUUGCAAACAAUAUGCUUCGUACCUUCUCCAAGUCACUUCGACUCGGAUUGAUGGUUGGCAUUGGGGGCGGAAUCCCGUCAGCUGAUCAUGAUAUCCGCCUCGGCGAUGUCGUAAUUAGCUACCCUCAAGGCACUUAUGGUGGGGUGGUUCAAUAUGAUAAGGGCAAGGUUACUGCAGGUGGUGGAUUUGAACGAGCCGGCUCGUUGAACAGUCCCCCACGGGCACUAUUGACCGCAGUUAGCAUGUUAAGAGCUGCGGCACUAAGAGAUAAUCCUCGCUACCUGCAAUAUCUCCAAAGCGCGAUUGGAAGAACUGAACAAACCCGGAAAAACUUCGGCCGACCUGCUGCACAGUGCGAUCGACUAUUUCAGGCGAAACGCGAUCAUCCUGUGAAUGCGAGUAGCUGCGAUGGAUGUCCAGCAGAAUGGGAAGAGACAAGAAGUAAACGCGAGGAUAGUAAUCCGCAGCCACACUAUGGCAAUAUCGCGUCUGGAAACUGUGUUAUCAAACAUGGAGAGACAAGGGAGCAGAUAAGGGUGACGACAGGAGCAUUAUGUUUUGACAUGGAGGCGGCCGGUUUAAUGUUGGACUUUCCCUGUAUAGUUAUCCGCGGUAUUUGCGAUUAUGCCGAUUCGCAUAAGAAUAAGCGGUGGCAAGGAUACGCAGCCUUAGCAGCAGCAUCAUAUACAAAAGAGCUGCUAGGAUACGUUCCUAUUGGCCUUGUUUCACAAGAGAGAUUGGUGGUAGAUAUAUGCACUGAAUUGAAAGAAGAAAUCCAAGGCACCAACCAGCGUUUAGAUGAAAUCAAAGCUCAACAAGACCAGCACCAUCGUGAGCGGAUUGAAUUUAGAGUCACAGAAGAGCAACGAAGUUGUCAUCAAAGUUUCAAGGUGACCAACUACGAGGAACAAAAGAACAUCAAUCCGAGAAGAGUUGAAGGAACCUGUCGAUGGGCUCUGCAGAGCCCUGAAUACAUUCGCUGGUCGGAGAGCACGCGUUCUGAUCUCCUCUUGGUGUCUGCUGAUCCAGGAUGCGGAAAGUCUGUACUAGCCAGGUCAAUUAUUGAUAACUACUUGGAAGCUCCUAGCCAAGCAGUGAUAGUAUGUUACUUUUUCUUCAAGGACAACGAAGAACAGAACCAUCUUUCUGCAGCAAUGUGUUCAGUUCUUCAUCAGCUCUUCAGCCAGCGGCCUGAGCUAUUACAAUAUGCUAUACCAUCCUGGGAAAAGCAUGGAGUGACGCUCCAACAAGAGACUGAGGAACUUUGGCGCAUCUUUAUAAGUGCCACAUCAGCUAUAGCAUCAUACAGGACAAUUUGUAUAUUCGAUGCGCUUGAUGAAUGUCGUGAGACUGAUCAGGGUCGGUUGAUUGAGAAGCUCCAGUCCUUUCACCGCCAGCAAUGUUUGUCAACACGGGGUGCCUGUUUGAAAUUCUUGAUCACCAGUCGUCCCUAUGACCACAUCCAGAAUCGCUUCCGAGUAACCACAGAUUCGUUCCCACAUCUCCACUUGAAAGGAGAGGAAGAAAAUAAAAAGAUCCAUGAGGAAAUCAAUUCGGUCGUGAAGAUACGAGUGGAGGAGCUAGCCAAAACAGUACCAUUGUCAUUGGAUAUACAGCAGCGACUUGAGCAACAGCUUUUACAAAUGGAGCACCGUACAUAUCUUUGGCUACAUUUGGCUAUGGAUGAUAUUCAGUGUAUGUUUGAGAAUAGCUUUCAGCCUGCUGAGGAAUCAAUUCGAAUGAUACCUGAUUCAGUCAAUAAAGCAUAUGAAAAGAUUCUCCAUCGAGUUCAUUCUAGCCAGGUGAAUACUGUGAGAAUUAUCUUACAGAUUAUUGUUGGAGCACGGCGUCCAUUGACUACAGCAGAAAUGGCGAUAGCUUUGGGUAUAGCUAUCCGCCCGCAAUCGCGGACUAUAGCACAAGCUGGACUAGAUCCACUGCAGAUGCAUAAGAAGCUCCGUCGUUUAUGCGGCCUUUUUGUUUUCAUCAACGACUCGAAAAUCUACCUUAUUCAUCAGACAGCAAGGGAGUUCCUCAUCGAAAAGGCCAGUCUGAACGAUGUCGAUUUCGCAUACUCGUGCAGCCUUAGCGAUACUGCGGAUCUAAUGGCUCAUAUCUGCAUGCAAUACUUGUUAAUGGAGGAUUUAGAGCAUGGCGAAGAUGAGUCAUGCUCUAAUAUUCGGAGCUUUUUGGAGUAUUCGGCAGUACAUUGGCCCGAUCAUGUACGGAACAUGGCUCUGACUUCAAAAAAAGAAGUCAUUGAUUGGCUGCAUCGACUAUAUGAUAUGGGUGGAAACCUGUUUUCGCUAUGGUUUUCCAUUUUUUGGAGAGCAAUGCGGCCAAACGACCGAAUUCCGACAAUGAAACCAUUACAUCUGGCAGCAUUUAACGGACAUAUGCAAGUACUGCACCAACUACUUGCUACAGACAAAGAUAAUAUAAAUUUAAAAGAUAGUACAGGAUCAACUGCAGUUAUGUGGGCCUCGCUGAAUGGACACCAAGAUGCUGUUCAACUGAUUUUGAGCCACGGAGCGAAUGUCAAUACUGAAGGCGGAGAGUAUGGCAAUGCUCUACUAGCUGCUUCCGUAAAGGGAUACGAUAAAAUCGUGCAAAUGCUAAUAGAAUAUGGGGCUGAUGUCAACUUCUACGGUGGAGUUUGUUGCAACGCCCUAUUCGCCGCUUAUUGUGGUGGACACUAUAGUACCAUGCGGAUACUGCUAAAGCACGGAGCCGAUGUGAAUGUUCGGUGUCAAUACUAUGGUAAUACCAUACAGGCCAUAUGUGGCGCAGGAGAUGUCGAGACUAUGCGAAUGCUGCUGGAGCACGGGGCUAGUCUUGUUUGUCAAGGGGACGAGCAAUUCGCUAAUGUCCUCUAUGUCGCUUGUUGGGAAGGCCGGACUAAUAUUGCUCAUAUACUCUUGCAGUACGGCGCCAAAGUCAAUGCUCAAAUUGACUCUUACUGCACAUCCUUUCUGUUUGACUGGUACAAUGCCGAGGAGUAUGUCCAGGUUGAUACUUAUGACAGUUCCUUAGUGGCUGCUUGCGCCAAUGGACAUGACAAGAUCGUUCAGAUGCUGCUAGAGCACGGAGCCAACGUCAAUACACAGGAUGGAUUCUACGGCACCGCUCUACAGGUUGCCUGUUAUGGAGGACACAACAAGGUCGUGGAGAUGCUGCUAGAGCACGGAGCCGAUGUCAAUACACAGGGUGGAUACUACGGUACCGCCAUACAGGCUGCCUGUUCCAGAGGACACGACAAGAUCGUGGAGACGCUCCAUGGAGUCCGUUGUGGUACCUAGUUAGCCCCUAUCAUUUCAAUUAUUGUACUGUACGUCCAGGAUCUCAUGAGCCUUCUCAAAUAUACGAGAUUCAAGCCGAAAAAGUCCUCUUUUCUGCUUAAAUAGGCUUAAAUGUUGUUACUCUCCAAUCACCUGUCUCAAGGAC